GCCAGCGUCCGCGUAGGUCAGCAGGUCCUGUUGCUCAUGGCAGCCUCGGUGACAGACGACGCGGCCCAAGUUGAGUACCAGGACGCAGCGAGUAUUUUGCUCCAGGAUGGCACUCGUUGCCGAGAGUUGCUCCCAGAACUUCGCAGGGCAAGGAUCAAGCGAGCACCAGCGCGGGUGAUCCGUUGCCGUGAGCUCGAGUACCAGUUCCUGCGCCACCUGCACGAGAUGCACUUCACGGAGGCAGGAGAUCUCAUCGCGACGCAG